AUGGCUUCGACGGAGGAUAGAGGCAGAAGCCCGAUACGGGAGAUGAAUGACAUCGAUGACGACGACGUUACCGUGUACAGCGACAGCGACAGCAUCUCAGACAUUUCCACGUCAUCAUAUCACUAUUUUCCGAUGCGGGAUACUCAAGAUCACGCCCCGGUGUUCCGCUUGAAGAGAGGGGAACAGAACCGUCCCGCCUACGAAGCUUGGAGCAUCUACUACUACCCAAAGACGCGGGAGCAGAUUGAAGGCCACAAAGUCCUCGGGAUCAGGGCCGUUAGCCUCGUGGAUGAAAUCCCGAGCCGUGUAGAGUUGAGGCGAAAGCCGUCCACCCAAAGCGAGCUCUCGGACGCCCACCUGCAGGCGAUUGAGAAAUUCCAGGCGACGCACAAGCGUAGCUGGGCGGCCCGGCCCUUCCUUGGCGGCGGCAAGACGUACGAACACGACCUCGACGAGCGAUGCCGAAAGGCGCCCGAGGAAGUCCGGAAGACUCUUAACGACCUCCUCUUCGACAGGGGUCGGUCGACAUCCACCCGCUACCGGACACGCACCUGGACCGUGGUUAGCUUCCGAGAGCAACUGCAGGACCGCUUCGCCCAGACCGACUUUACAGAUGUCAAACGCCACAAGGUGCGGUUCUGGAAGAACCCCAAACCCCGGGAUCACUUGUUGUACACGGUGAUCAUCCGCGGUGCCGAGACCAACGUUGUUCCGCCCGGGGAAGACGGCUUCAACAGCUUCUCACCGACGGCCAAUCCCUGGGUGCAGUCGGACAACCUGGAGAGCAAUCGUCGGGAGCGUGCGAGACGCGAGCAGCGUAAUGCCCUCCGUCAGAAGCGUAGGAGCUUCCGCCCUCCGUAUCGCGCGCGGUCGUUUUCACCAGUGAUGCACACACGCACGCGCUCGCUAUCACACCGAACACGUACUCGUUCCUUCUCGCCGCCCUCAUACCGCAGCUGGCGAAGCAGCCGCUACGACUCCCCAUCUCCGUCCCCAUCUAUCCGGAUUCGUUCGCGGAACGACUCACCCCCGCCCUACCGUCGCUCGCCACGUCCGACUUCGCCCAUCCGGAUCCGGAGCCGGUCGCCGAGCAGCCGGUCGCCCAGCGUCCGCAUCCGUGUUCUCCCCCGCCAGAGCCCGAGCUUCAUCCGCGAUGAAUCCUACCCCCGCCGCCCUCGCGAGCCGCCCAUCCCGCCGUUCCGCCCCUUUGACUCCACGCUCCCGCGCCCUACCGAGGAGUACCGGCCCCUGCCGCACAACUGCGACGCCUGCCGUGACCCCCGCGUCCGCCCCUGCGUACACUACCCCGCUCACCUCCCUUGCCGCCGGCCCAUCAUGUUCAGCCCUACCGGGCCAUACCACCUCGCCUGCGUCACAUGCCCUGUGAGCGACCCCUAUGGCUUCACCCCGCACGUUGAACCCGAGCCCCGGAACCCCCACAGUGGUGUUUGGCCGGCACCGUUUUACCAGCACCCGCCGCCGCCUCCGCAGCCGUACUUUGGUCAUCCACCGCCUUUCCCCGGUGCUUCUUUCCCCCCGAUUUCCGGUCCCUGCCCCCCUGCUCCGCCGAUCCGCCCGAUGAGCUGGAUGUCUGGGUAUUCAGGCAGCCAGCAAUCGUCGAUCGGGCCGAUGCCGCCUGCGCCGAACCCAUUCUCCCCGCUAUCGACCCCGCCUCUGACAAGCGCCGGUGGAUCGAGUGCGGGUGGGUCGAGUCCGUCGUUGUCAGCGGCAUCGAGGGUGAGGACGCCGGUGCUGGUGGGUGUUGUGGAAAGUAGUGAGACUGCCGUGGAGGUAGUGGAUGAUGCGGAGAGGCGCCGCGUGCGGGCUGGGUCGCCGGGUAUUUCGGUGGUUGGAUCGGAGUAG